UUUAAUUGGUUGAUCCCUUAAUCAUCUAGGUAUAUAGUAAGGAUAUAUAACCUUGGGACUGUGUAAAUCUGGACUUUGCCAGAUUCGAUAAACUAAACACCUUAGAACCUUGGAACUCUCAAGCAAGCCAAUAAUAUCUAACGAGCAUUCCUUAGUAGGCACAUUCACCUAAUAAAUUAACUCUGCCUAAUAUUAUCCAUAGCUGCCAUCAUUGAUACAUUUCUAUAACUUCGCCAUUAUUCUGUUUCCCCAACUUGAAGACAACUGCCUAGGUACAACACGAACUCAUAAGCCUAUCAGCAAAUAAUACCCCAACGCCUUAGAAUCUCAAUAAUGGCUUUUCCCCCGAUCGUAACUGCGACGAUACAAUCCGCUAUUCUAGCAGCCACAUCUAAUCUCCUAGCACAAAGCUUGACGGCGUAUCAAAAUGAGACCGCUCUCAUCAUAGAUUGGGUUCCAGUCUUCCAAUUCGUCCUUUAUGCAUUCAUCAACGUGCCACCUAACUUCUUAUGGCAAGAAUCCCUGGAGUCCGCAUUUCCAGCGUAUCACAUGUCUCCCACAUCCACUGCCGUGACGUCCGCAGCUGCGAACGACGAAAAGGCACUUGAGCAAGAGGCCAAGGAAGGUAAACUAGUCGAAUCUAAAUUAAAUAUAGCUAAUACGGCUGUCAAAAUGAUCCUGGACCAGACUGUCGGCGCUGUUGCCAAUACUUUUCUCUUCAGCCUGUUCAUACAUUCUAUCCAGGAGGCUAUGGUCCGACCCAUCGACGCUCCACUCAGCCAUCCGGACAAGAGCGUGCAGUACCUCUUGUCUCGAGGUGCCAUUUCCUACAGCAAUGUUGAUUGGACGGGCGUGGUAGCACGCAGUCGUGCUGAGUUCUACCCGAUCCUGGUUGCGGGGUGGAAGAUAUGGCCGAUAGUGAGCCUGAUUAACUUCGCAUUUAUCAAGAGCAUCGAAGGCCGCAAUCUCGUCGGCAGUCUUGCUGGUGUUGGCUGGGGCGUCUACAUGAGCCUGGUUGCUGCCCGUUGAAGGAAGUUGUCGGCAAUAUCCGCAAAUACGUCCCAACUAAUAUGUAAAAUUAUCUGCUCAUCACGGACCGGGUAUCUUGUUUAGGGUGACGCUUUUGUCUUCACAGUAGCCUCAAAGCCAAUGGGCCAUGCGCGAUACAUAAACUCAAUAGAUCCUUCAGAUAGCAUAGAUUCUUAGCCUUUCUUUCUUAGCCUUUCGAUUCUUCGCGGCUAUUAUUCUGCGGCAGGAUUCAUAGGCUACAAUUAAUGGGUUAGCUAUUCAAAGCAA